AUGCCUCACCCCUCAUGCCUCACCCAUCACGCAUCAGACGCCUCACCCCUCCACACGCCUCACCCCUUACACGCCUCACCAAUCACAUGCCUCACCCAUCACACACCUCACCCCUUACACGCCUCACCCCUCACACGCCUCACCCCUUACACGCCUCACCCCUCACAAACCUCACCUCUCACACCCCUCACCCCUCACACACCUCACCCCUUACACGCCUCACCCCUCACAAACCUCACCUCUCACACCCCUCACCCCUCACACACCUCACCCCUUACACGCCUCACCCCUCACACGCCUCACUCCUCACACCUCACCCCUCACAUGCCUCACCCCUCACACGCCUUGCACCACACCCCUCACACACCUCACACGCCUCACCCCUCACACGCCUCACCCCUCACAUACCUCACCCCUUAUGUUCCAUAA